GCCGAUUGCAAAACCUAUCGCUAAUCGUGCCGUCAGAAUUAUCGUCGAAAAGAGAGGCAGGGAAAAGCAUCGGUAAAUGAGUAGUAUCGCUGCAGAAUCAAACACAACGUACAGCUACAACGCGCGCUGGACAAAAAAGUGACGCCUUGAGAAAAAUCUGAACCAAUUUGAAAGGGUUUUGGAAAAUAAAUCACAUUUUAAUAUGGAUCCAGCUGAAAAUGAAAAUUCUGUGAAUGUCGAGAACACACCAGUGGCUAAAAAAACACGACGCGCAGCGCGUCUUGCGAGCGAGAAGAAGGACAAAGCUUUAGUGCCAAUUGAAAAUAUAGUAUCUCCGAAAACAGCGCCUGUGGCAGCACCCAAGACGCCAAGCUCUAGCAUGAAAUUUGUACCGGAAACACCGCGGCGCAGCGCUAGAAAAAGCGUACGUCCUCCACUUGACUAUGAUGAAAUAAUUGAAAAAAACGCACGGUCAGCCAGCAAGAACAUCCAAGAAGCCAACAAUGGCGAUGAGCAAUGUUCACAAAAGUGGACAGCAUCAGAGGUUGGCAGGCCCUCGCGCAAGCGCAGCCGUAAAUCGAAGCGUACGGCUAACAGUAACGUAAUAGAGAGAUCUGAGGUAUGUGGUUCUUCCAAUGAAGAGCCUAAGGAAGUUACAAAAGAAAACAUCACUGAUUUGAAAACAGUAACCUUGCCUCAGGAAGCACAUGAUGAAGCACGAUCCACUGGUGAGGCAGUUACUUGUGUUCAGAAAGAAACUAUUGAGAUGCAUUCCACUUCUACGGAUGCAAUCACUUUGCCUCAGAAGGAAACUUCUGAAGGAGAACUCACUAAUGGGGAAGUGGUAAUUUUUACCCAUGAGGACCGCACUGAAGAGUUCGCUAUUGUUGAAGCAACAGGCAUGCGUCCGGAUGUAGAGUGCUCUAUUGCUGAAGCAACAACUGUGAGUUCGGAUCAUACUCUUGAAGUAAAGACCACUCCUAUGGGUCAAAAGGAAAAUAAUGGAGGACUACACCCAGACGAAAUGGAAGAAUUAGGCUUAAGCCCUAUCGAACAGGACGAUGAAAUGCCAUCAUUAAUAUUGCUAGAUGAUGGCGAGUUGUGCUCGUCGGUAGAGGAAAUGAAAGUAUUGCUAGAGAAACCGAUUAAAGCUGAAAAUACGUUGCAGCUUAUGGAGUGUUCGAAAGUUGAGGAGGCACUAAACACUACAUUCGAUGCAGAUAAACAAGACGACAUGGAAGUGGUGCCACAGAUGGUAGUGUCGCCAGAAAAAAAAUUGAAAGUCAAAAAUUCCAUUAAAGUUGUCUUAACUGACAUUGAGGACCACAGCUCAACUAUUCUUAACUUAGAUGACUCUACUGAUCCUAGAACAGGAGCUGUAGCUCGCUGUGGGCUCAGCCGUUUUCCCACUCCUUAUAAAUCGAAACCACUAUCAAAGAAUGUUGGUAACAGAAAUACCCCGAAAAUACGAGAAAAAAACUCCUCGUUCAAUAUAAAUUGUUUGGAUGUUGCUGAUCCCAUUAAACGCCGUCGGUCGAAGUCAAUUUCAGAGCUAAAGACAACAAAGGCGGUAUCAUUUUACAGCCCCAUCGAAAUUGUUCAUAUCGACGAUAUAGAUGAGCGUUGGAAGCCGGUGCAGGAUAAUCAUGUCACCAAGCGCCGCAAGCGUUCCAUUUCAUUGGAUGAAAGAAGACUUAGGCCCAGCAGGAUUCCGAAGCCAACUAGCUUUGAAAUUAAGAAAGACAAAACAAACACAGUAAGUAAACCGAAAACUCGCGGCAAGUUACCCAAUUUCGCUGCAAUACACAAAAAACAAUCAGAAAAAAUGGAAAAUUUGGUGCAAUACAUUGAACGUAAGGCAGAGCGUGCAAAGGUACUAACCAAUUCUGCUUCCAAGUUGCACCUCAGCUCCACAGGUUCCGAAAAAAAGGGUGCAAAAGUGCUGGCCACAGAUUCUUCCAUUUUACAACACCAGCGUCCUUGUGCCAUGAAAAAGAUCGACCUAACGAACGUGCAACAAACACCCAUUAAACUAAUGGAACAGGAAAGGCAACGUCUUAUGAUUCUUCCGAAACCAAGUCAGACUGCAUGCAAUGCUCUAAAAAGCACGAAUAUAUCAAAUGCUUUAGGUCCAAAGCCCGCAUUUAAUUUGUCUACGUCGUUAGUUAAGAGUUUUUCGGCUGUUCCGAACAAAAAUAAUACUCAGGAAAAUCCAGUGCAGGACAAAGUACUGGACAGACAAGAGCGUCAUAAGCAAAUGUAUAAGGGGGGACGUGUAAAGGAAAACAAAGCUGAUUUUAUUCGCGGCGUACGAUUAAACCGACGCUUUGAAUUGCAGAUGCAGCAUCGUCGACAGCUCGAUGAAAAUUGA